AUGGAUCGCAGUAUCAGCCGAUACGGAACUAUCCUGAGUCAGGGCAAUGAGGGGGAUUGCGGCGAAGCUAAGCAGCCCGAGCGGAGGGUGGGGAGUAGCGGAAUCGCAAACACUCUCGCUAUCUUGGUCCACUCGGACAGAGAGCUCGGCUACCAGCAGAUCCAGUCAAGAUGCAUAUGGAUAACAGAUAUCAGUCGCGAGUAUCCGGCCGCCCAAAUCGACGGUUUCGAUAUUUCCUUCGACCAAUGUCCACAUCCACAGUCGUUGCCACAUAACACGUCCCUUCGUUCGGUUGACAUCUACCAGCCCUUGCCAGAGGACCUCUACGGUGUCUAUGACAUUAUCCACCUUCGUCUGUUUCUGGUCGUCAUUCGCAACGACGACCCUGUUCCUGUGUUGAGCAAUCUGGUGAAAAUGCUGAAGCCCGGAGGUUGGAUUCAAUGGGCCGAACAUAAUCUAGAAUCAUGGUCUGUGAAAUCCAUAGGGAACGUGAAAGCCUCGGCGAUGCAGACGAUGCGAGAUAUGAUGGUGGAUACUGGACUAGGGCGAUGGGUUCCUCGUUUACCGGAUUAUUUCUCCCAACAGGAACUAGUCGAGGUGCGAAAGGACCUGUACCCGAUCACACCACACAGCCGACUAUUCUGGAGCCAGCUGCAGUUCAACUCUAACGAGGAAUACAGCUAUCUCGGCAUGGAUAACAGCACUGCAAAUUCUGCGGGUCCGAAAUUCCGUAGCCUGAUUGCGCAAGCGGGUGACGAGGGUCGAAAUGGCGCGGCGUUUGAUUUUACACUGGAAGUGACGAUCGGCAGGAAAGCAUUGUAA